AUGCCUUCAAGCAAAGGAAAGCCAACGGAUCCGCAGCUGCGCGAGAAGGUGAAGAAUGACGUCAAGAACGAGACAAACAAAGAUGGCGGCGGGAAGGGCCAGUGGAGCGCGUGGAAAGCUGCAAAGCUCUCCAAAGAAUACGAGAAGAAAGGCGGCAGCUACGAGAACGAAGCUGGCUCGAAGAACGAACCAAAGACAGGCGCGCCACAGCAUAAGACUGAUAAAAAGAAAGAUGCGGAG